AAUUUGAUUACGUAAUUGGCGGGAAUUUAAUGCUUUACCUGGUCGCCAUGCUGACAACAUGGACGCCUUUACUCGCGCUUGCGUGCUAUUUGUAUUAUGUGUGGCCUGGAUUCAGUUAACGAUACCGUACGACAUCCGUCGUCAUCCAUGCUGUAUCGGAGUCAACGAGAAUAUCACACUAGCAAUGAUCAUAGAUGCGUUCGAAAUCUAUGGACACGAUCCUACAGACAAACUGGACAACCUUUGGCUAUACCAGAAUGAGAUGAUGCGUAUCAAAACAGCUGAAGACCAGUAUAUAAUCAAUGAACGAAUACAUAUCGCCACUGAUCAUCUUGGAAGAUUCAUCCGACUCCAUAUUCAAGAGCUGAAGGUGCUUUUAAUAACUCUCGACGACGUAAUCGAUAAUAUGCUGACGAUGUACGAGAACCACAACUCAAUCGCUGCGGAAAGGAAGGCCACGUAUACAGGAGGACCGGUGCCCAUGGAGUUUUAUAUCAGCCAAGAAUUCUAUUGCGGGAAGAACGUUUACCUGUUCAUAUCAGAGCUCUACAGCGACAUCUACAACAUGGGACGAGGUCUUGCACCUUACUGCAAGGAUCGCUCUUUCAUCUUCCUUGGCUUUCUACACUUCCAUGAUGAGCAGAAGUACUACUUGUUAGACGAUCCCAGUGUGUCAUUCCCUACCGACAACUACCUACAUGGGUUGGAGUGCCAUAUAGGCAUAUGUAUAUUCAGAUUUCCAUUUAAGAAGCUGGUACAAAACGAAAGAGAUGUGGUGACGUUACCCAAAGCGAUUGUGAAGUGCGGUCUCAUCAUGUACAAGUUACCACCACUCACGGCUACAGCUUGCAUCAUCGCGUCUGGUUCUUUCAUACUGGAUUUCAACAUACAGGGUCUUAGAUACCGACAUUACGAUUAUUUGUUGACUACACCAAACGGCCACACAUAUUAUACUAAGGAACAUCACACGCCCCUCGUGUGUGACCAUCAUGUCUGCGAAUGGAAUUACACCAACCAUUACGGCGGUCCAUUUUUAAUACCCGGCGACCCUGGGACCGGCAUAGACCCAAUACCACCAUAUAUAGAGCCAACACCAACUCCAGAUAUUGUCGACGAAGAUGAAAACAUAACGGUACCAUAUAACUUGGACGGCUGUCUUUUUAUGUACCCUCCGAACUACGGUUCCAUCGCCGGUAAAAGUUAUUUGGACGCGGUGGAACUUCACGACGACAGAUUUACUUGUAACGCAGCGGGCAAUAAGGGUCUGUACUGGUACCCUCAAUGGAUGGGUACACUACCUCAUCAUCCGUACCCGUCCCUGCUUGACUCCAAGAGUCCGUUUGAAUCAGCAGGACCGUACUAUCCACAUCAAACAUACGACAACGAAGACGCGGAUAUUGAUACUUAA